CUUCUUCCCCUGUCUCUCUCUUUUUGCAUAAAUACUGUUCUUUGUAGUAAUAAAGAAACAAAGGAAUUAAAAAACAAAACAAAACUCGGGACUCUUCAGUUUAAGGUUGUUGUGUUCCGACACUAGAGAUCGUCCCUUCCUUUUUCAACUUUUGAAACGCUGCUCGGCUCAAAAGCUCUCCUCUGUGGAAGCCAUGAAAACCUUGUCACAUGAAUAAUCCUUGAUAUGCCGUCUACAUUAAUUUUCGUGGUGUUCCAAUAACCGUGCACUCUGAAGAGCUAGAUACCAGACUGCGUAGUCGUAUAUAGACGAGGCAGAAACAAUCUUUCCAAUGCAAGCAUCACGACGACUCAGAAGAUCAUCCAUGUCAAAUACUCUUUACUAUCAACCUGUGCAGAAGGCAGAGGCUUACUGUCUGCCUCAGUUUCAAACUUUAGACAACCAUUUGAGCUACAUUAAUGGCAGCCAUGGAGUUUAUCACUCACCGUCAACUGCUAGUUUCUCAUCAAACGGAAGCUCCAUUUGCCAUCAAGAAUCUCAGCCAUACCUAUCAGAUGUUUGCCAAUCCUCUGAGAUGACUAACUACGGCUCCCCCAGUAGUGGAUCUUGCAUUACAGAUGGUGUAAAUGAUUUCAUGCACAAGUUAAAGGAAUUGGAAUCGGUGAUGCUGGGACCUGAUUCAGACUUUCUGGAGAGUUACGAUAAUUCCUUGCCGAGCAGUAUAGCCUCCACAGAAAUUAAUAGCUGGAGGCAAAUGAUGGAGGCCAUACCUAGACGGGAUUUGAAACAUGUCCUUAUUGCCUGCGCAAAAGCAGUGUCUGAUGGUGAUUUGCUAACAGCACAAGUGUUAAUAGCUGAGUUGCGUCAAAUGGUGUCAGUGUCGGGGGAACCAAUUCAGAGACUGGGAGCAUACAUCUUGGAAGGUCUUGUGGCGAGGUUGGCUGCAUCAGGGAGUUCCAUAUGCAAGUCCUUGAGAUGCAAAGAACCAGCAAGUUUUGAACUGUUAUCUUAUAUGCACAUGCUUUAUGAGAUUUGCCCUUAUUUCAAAUUCGGAUACAUGUCAGCUAAUGGCGCCAUUGCAGAAGCAAUGAAGGAUGAAAAUAGAGUUCAUAUUAUUGAUUUCCAGAUCGCUCAAGGGAGCCAGUGGGUGACUCUAAUCCAAGCUUUUGCAGCUCGGCCUGGUGGACCCCCACAUAUACGUGUAACAGGCAUCGACGAUUCCACCUCAGCUUACGCUCGUGGAGGAGGGCUUAAUAUUGUGGGGCAGAGGCUGUCUAAACUCGCUAAGGCUUUCAAGGUGCCUUUCGAGUUUCAUGCUGCUGCCAUUUCUGGUUCUGAUGUUCAAGUUGAAAACCUUGGAAUUCAACCUGGCGAAGCACUGGCGGUAAAUUUUGCUUUUACAUUACAUCACAUGCCAGAUGAAAGCGUGAGCACUGAAAAUCAUCGGGAUAGACUAUUACGGAUGGUCAAAAACCUGAACCCCAAGGUGGUUACACUUGUUGAGCAAGAAUCUAAUACAAACACUGCUGCAUUCUUCCCUCGAUUCCUUGAAACCUUGGAUUAUUAUACAGCCAUGUUCGAGUCAAUCGAUAUGACUCUACCAAGGGGACACAAGGAGCGCAUAAACGUUGAGCAGCAUUGUUUAGCGAGGGACGUUGUUAACAUUAUAGCAUGUGAGGGGAUUGAAAGAGUAGAGCGGCAUGAACUUCUUGGUAAGUGGAAGUCGCGGUUUAGAAUGGCUGGUUUUAGUCCAUAUCCGUUGAGUUCGUUGGUGAAUGCUACAAUAAAGAGAUUGCUAGAAAGCUAUUCUGAUAAAUAUAGGCUUGAAGAAAGAGAUGGGGCUCUUUAUCUUGGUUGGAUGAAUAGAGAUUUGGUUGCUUNAUAG